AUCUCACCGACAAUCAACAACUGACAAAAGGAAAGAAGUUGUACCGUAGGAAAACGCAUUUGAAUGACUCGUCUUCACAUUUUGGCAGUUCUUUUGGUGUCUGUUUACGGUGUCGCUUCCCGGCCGACCGAAAUGACCAACAACCCUGCAACCGAGUCCGUGAAUGACCGUCUAACAUUUGGAAAUCUGAAUGCUGAACUACCUGGAAGUUCUCCCUUGUCGAUUCGCUUUAAAAGAGCCGAUCAAACAGCGCAAAGUCACAACGGUAUUCGAUAUAAUGGAAUGACUAUUAAACUACCGGAAGGCGAAGGAUACCUCAAUCAACUGGCUGCCUCCAGCAGCAGUACAGAAAAGCCUAAAAAGCCAAUCAACCGGAUGGCGCGGAUACACAUCCGGAUUGGAUGAAAUGUUCACGGUCGUUCCUUAUAUCAAACAUCCUAUGUGAUUUUAUCUCAACUGUCUAUAACUAUAGACGACUUUAUAUUUUAUGACAAACUUUGAUAGUAUUAUACCUAUACGUAAUCAUGUUGACGAACCGCAACCCCAUUUAUAUCGCCUGUGUACAGUUACGCAUUAAAUAAAACGAGUGUUUAGCAACGAAAGAAAUGGACUGCAAU